UUUGCUGUACACAAAACACAAAGAAAUAGGUAUAAAGGAAGGAGGCCACAAACUACUUUUACCACUUGGGGAGAGAAAGUGGUGUUUGGCAUAAGAACAAUAAUUUUGACCAUUGAUUGAGGGACAUGGUCAAUGACGAAUCACAUAGUCGUUUUGCUGAGGCAGCCUGCUGAAUUAUUCAUCCGGGAGUGAGGACGAAUCAACAACCGGAAUCGGUGAGAAUGGAUGAAGAAUCAUGCCCACCACUAGAACAUGACGUAAUUAAGGAUGAUGACGACGAUGACCAAGACAAAGGGAGCCAUGAAGAUCAGAUGACCACCUCGUCGACCAGCACGUUGGCAAAAUCUACUGUUGAUAAUUGUGGAACAGUGUUAGCCAUUUAUACUGAGGAUGCAGCCCCAGUAGAUUUUCAGGUGCCCUCCUCAGAUUCAGAGGAUGAUGAAAAUUUUGACCAACUGCUUCUCACGAGUCCUGCAGUCUCCACGGCUGCCUUCGUUGAAAAAGUGCCCUGUCCACUAUGCAAAAGGAAAAGACAACGCCUCACAUGCAAAGAGUGCCUUCGGAAAGGAGAUUUUUGUGUUCAAAAUAACAACUACAGAAAUGCACCACAGUCUAAAGAACGAUACUCGGAACUGAUGUCAAAAUUUCUAAUCACCCAACGUACUUUGCAAGGUUUGAAAAAACAGUGCUCCCUCUACACGGACAAGAAAGGCAGAAUUUCAAAAAUCGCUGACGAAAUCGACAAAUGCCAGGCUACAAUAGCUCUGCAGAAUCAGUUACGAGUUUCUUUACAUGCAAAAAUUCAAAAUGCAAAGAAAGAGAGCGCCAUGUUGAAAGGGAAAACGGAAGAGAAGUUAGCUAUAUGGCCAGUUUUCCGCAAGAGAUUAGAUAACAUGAAAACCCAAUAUGUUCACAGUUGCACAAAAUUGAAACGGUUUCACGAAGAAGUACAAAGACGUCAAGAAAACUUGAAACGAGGAACAAAAUCCAGAAUUAUUCAAUUAAGACAUCACGUUUUCCCAGUCGAAGAAGUAAAUCAGGGCAAUCGAAGUGGAUCCAAAGGUUUUGGAUCUGGAAAUACGGAUUCAUGGAGUGACGAAGAAGAUGACACUGUUCGAUCGUUAAUGGCUGCCAAGAGUAAUUACUGGAGCCGACCCGAUGAACUUGUUAGCUCUUUUGGUGCCUGUUACUCAAUCACCGGACCACAUGGACCCACAUUACCUGCUUCUGGGGACUACUCUGCUUACAACAUGUGGGCUGAACGAAACCAAACUCCGAGCGGGGUAACUUCCGGGGGCUCAACCCACCGAAAUCCUGCCCAUUGCAUUUCUGCGGCUUUAACUUACAGCACACAAUUUGUCAAUCUCAUUGCUUACUACCUCGACCUUCGGUUACCACACCGCCUCUCAUACAGUGAAUUUAGAAAUGGUGAUCUCGUGAACGGAAAAUUUAACAAGAAAGUUGCCAAGUUAAACGCAAACGUCAUUCAUCUGUGUUCUUCUCAAGGGAUUCAUGCAACUUCACUGCAACCAAGAAAAACCAUUUCGAAUUUACUUUUGCUAUUUGAUCCGGAGCAGGCAGAUUUAGGACGUAGGGGUCCAUUUGAAGUCGCUUCACAACUCGCAAAAUCGAUGGAGGAUUCAAUUGAAAAGGAUUUAGUGAUAUACGAGGAAGGAUCUUGUGACUCUGACACCGAGUGGAACGACUCAACAUUUCCAUCCGACUGGGAAACGAUAAAUCGUGCCGCUGUCUGCGAAGAGUUUAGCCUUCAAGAAAUGAAGGCAGCAGAAUGUGCGAGUCCAACCUUAUCCUUCACAACUGACAGUUUUUAUCGGUCAUCCAGUGCAAACAGUUUAGCUGGAACUGGACUGCUCUCCUCUGUUACUUCCUUUUUUCGGGGAUGGAACAAAUAAAUAAAAGCCUUACUCGCGUCCUCCACUAUAAAUAAUAAAACAUGAUAACCAUAUUAUACAUAGUCGGAUGAUAAUUAGUCUGUAUGGUGUUUACUACAUUUAUAAAUACGGCGGAUGACUUAAUAAAAUCGCAUUGAUCGUAAUUAA